UGUCGCCUUUUCGAUGUGAAUGGCAAUAUCGUGGACUUCAACACGUGCGAGCUUCUUUUACUAUACAUUUUUGUACAUUUUUGUUUUAUAUCUGUUUAAGGAGUGCAAUAGCUUAAAAUGUCAAUACGCGAGAAAUUGCUGAUGAAGAAAAUAGUGAAGCGCGAAAAGAUGAAGAAGGAACUCUCGCAGAAGAAGGGCAAAGGCAAAUAUACAGCCCCUCAGCCGGAGCCACCAAGAAAAGCAGGCCAAAGCAAAGGGAUGAAUCCGAAAAAGCAGCCAGCAAAGCGACCUGUUCUGGAUGAAGAAGCAGAUGAUCUGGAUGAUGAUUUCCAGCAACAGCCGCAACUGAAAACAAAGCAACAGCAAAAGCAAAAGAAAAAGAAGCCACAAAUUCAGGUGGCAAAUUCGGAUUCAGAUUCCGAUGAAGAUGAAGAAGACUUAAACGAAGAAGAGAUGGACAGCGAAGCUGAGGAGGAUGAUCAAGAGGACGAUGAAGAGAUCGAUAGUGAAGCUGCAGAUUCACCCGAAUCGGAGGAAGAUGUCGAGGAUGAUGAACCAGCGCCCGCCAAGAAAUCCAAACUGCAAAAGACAAAAGCAGCGAAAAAGGCUGCAGCAACAAAUGGAAAUUCGGCAAAUGACGUUGAAACAGCAUUUUCACUGGAAUCUUCGUUGUCGGCAUUGGAUCAACGGGAUUCGGAUGAUCGCAGCUUUGCCUCAUUAAAGGGCGCCGUUUCGGAGGCAACCUUGCGUGCAAUCGCCGAAAUGGGCUUCAGCGAGAUGACCGAAAUUCAGUCGAAAUCGUUGACGCCCUUGCUAAAGGGUCGGGAUCUGGUGGGCGCUGCUCAAACGGGUUCAGGCAAAACGCUUGCCUUCCUCAUUCCUGCCGUGGAGCUAAUCAAUAAGCUGCAUUUUAUGCCACGCAACGGCACCGGCGUCAUUAUCAUCUCGCCCACGCGGGAGUUGUCGAUGCAAACGUUUGGUGUGCUCAAGGAGCUGAUGGCGCAUCAUCAUCACACCUACGGCUUGGUUAUGGGCGGCUCCAAUCGUCAGGUGGAGAGCGAGAAACUGGGCAGGGGCAUCAACAUUCUGGUGGCGACGCCAGGACGUCUCUUGGAUCAUCUACAGAACUCGCCAGAUUUCCUCUACAAGAACUUGCAGUGUCUGAUUAUUGACGAAGUGGAUCGCAUACUGGAAAUCGGUUUCGAGGAGGAGCUCAAGCAAAUCAUUAAUCUGUUGCCAAAACGCCGCCAGACCAUGUUAUUCUCGGCCACACAAACGGACCGCAUCGAUGCUCUGUCGAAGCUGGCGCUAAAGAAGGAACCCAUCUAUGUGGGUGUGCAUGAUAGUCAGGAGACGGCGACCGUUGAUGGAUUGGAGCAGGGUUAUAUUGUGUGUCCAUCGGAGAAGCGUUUGCUGGUCCUCUUCACGUUCCUCAAGAAGAAUCGCAAGAAGAAGGUGAUGGUCUUCUUCUCGUCGUGCAUGUCGGUCAAGUAUCAUCACGAGCUCUUCAACUACAUCGAUCUGCCCGUGACUUCCAUCCAUGGCAAACAGAAGCAAACGAAACGCACAACAACAUUCUUCCAAUUUUGCAAUGCCGAGUCUGGCAUUCUACUCUGCACAGAUGUCGCGGCUCGUGGCUUGGAUAUACCCCAAGUGGAUUGGAUUGUGCAGUACGAUCCGCCAGAUGAUCCACGCGAGUAUAUACAUCGUGUUGGUCGUACGGCCCGCGGCUCGGGCACUUCGGGUCAUGCGCUACUCAUGCUGCGUCCAGAGGAGUUGGGUUUCUUGCGCUACCUAAAAGCAGCCAAAGUGCCGCUCAACGAAUUCGAGUUCUCGUGGCAAAAGAUUGCCGAUAUACAGCUGCAGCUGGAGAAAUUGAUAGCGAAAAACUAUUUCCUCAAUCAGUCGGCCAAGGAGGCGUUUAAGUCGUAUGUGCGCGCCUACGAUUCGCAUCAGUUGAAACAGAUCUUCAAUGUGAACACGCUCGAUCUGCAGGCGGUGUCCAAGAGUUUUGGGUUUCUGGUGCCGCCCGUUGUUGACCUCAAGGUUGGUGCUGCCAAGCGAGAGCGCCCCGAGAAGCGUGUGGGCGGCGGCGGUUUCGGUUACUACAAGCAAAUGAACGACAACAGCUCCAAGCAGCGCGUGUUCAAGCAGAUCAAUCGCGAUCAGGCCAAGAAAUUUAUGCGUUAAUUCUUUUACUUUAAGCCAUGUAUUCUUCUAUAUAUAAACCACUAUAUAUGUGUUUACAUGUAGCAAAUGU